GUCACCUAGCAACACUGGCUUAAACUUUAAACCGUUUAAUGUUAAUAUUUAUUUAUUGAUAAAUAUCAUAUUAAAAGUAUACCUCAAAAAUUAUUAAAACUGAUAUGAUGAAAAUAUAUUUUUUAGAAUAAUUAAAUCGAAAUAGAUAGCUUGCUUAAAAUAUUGAAAACAAUUUUUUUUAAUGUGUGGUCGAACAGGAUUAUCUCUAAAUAAGGAGCAAGUUCGGUGUGCAUGUAGCUACAAACAGAAGGAUGGAAAUACCUAUGUUAAGCCUGAUUGGCAUCACGAGCAUAAUGACGGAAAAGAGUAUAUUCCCUCCUAUAAUAUUGCUCCAAGUGAUAUAACACCUGUUCUAAUUGCAGGCAAUAAGUAUGAAGGCCUAUCUAAAACAAGUAGAGUUAUUAAGCCAAUGAUGUGGGGAAUUAUCCCUCCAUGGCACAAAGGUGAUUAUAAAAAUCAUAACUUAAGUACAAAUAACUGUCGCAUUGAAAACAUAAAAAGUUCCAAACUGUACAAUCCAAUAUUGAUGAAUGGAGGCAGAUGUGUUAUUGUGGUAGAAGGCUUUUAUGAAUGGCAAACAACCGUCAAAACUAAAAUAAAACAACCUUACUACAUAUAUGCACCUCAAGGAGACAAUACUCAGGUGGAUGAUCCAGAAACUUGGAACAGUGAAUUUAAUGAGAAUGAUGGUUGGAAAGGAAUUAAACUGUUAUAUAUGGCUGGGUUAUACCAUGUAUGGCAACAUGAUGGAUCAAUAGUCUACUCUUAUUCUGUUAUAACUAUGGAGUCUAAUGACACAUUUAAUUGGCUUCAUCACAGAAUGCCGGCUAUUUUAGACUCCCAAGAACAGAUAGAUGCAUGGCUUGACAUUGAUAAUGUAAAUUCAGAAAUGGCCCUUUCAUAUCUAAGAUCUGUCAAAGUAUUGUCCUGGCAUCAAGUAUCUACAGAAGUCAAUAAUUCUAGAAAUAAAACAUCAAACUGUAACAAGAGAAUAACAAAUAAAAGUAAACAAAAAACAAUGACUUCAUUUUUCACUAAGGCUGAGAAGCGUAAAUAUGGAGAAGACAAUAUGAUGAUAAAAGAUUGUAAAAAAAUAAAACCAUAAAAGCUAAA